AUGAAAACUACUACACACACGUGUCUCUGUUCACUAGCAAGGCUCAGAGUGCAGAGGAUGAUCAUCAAGGAGCUUACAGCUCCAGAGAUGAGGCAAGAAUAUUCUGAAGGUCUUGGGAUGCUGUCCCAUACUAAUAUGGGACCCUUAUCGUCUCUCUUUGAAAAGAAGAAGCUCCAGUUGCCCCUUUACAAUCACCUGAGAGAUAAGAAGCCUCUGCGCACAAUGGCAAAUUUUGUGAACACUGCUGAAUGCUGUAGUAUGUCCUUUGAGGAUGUAGCUCAGCAGCUGCAAACAGAUUUGAAGAAUGGCAUAUCGGAUGCAGAGGCAGAGGACCGGCACAGGCUGUACGGCUUCAACGAGUUCAAUGUGGGAGAGCAGGAAUCCCUUUUCAAGAAAUAUAUUGAACAGUUUCAGAAUCCAUUGAUUCUCCUCUUACUGGGAUCUUCUGUUGUCAGCAUCUUCAUGAGGCAGUUUGAUGAUGCCCUCAGCAUUGCAGCUGCAAUAUGUAUUGUGGUCACUGUGGGUUUUGUCCAGGAAUACCGUUCUGAGAAAGCUCUAGAAGAGCUGACUAAGCUUGUGCCUCCUUUAUGUACAUGUAUUCGGGAUGGAGAAGUGAAGCACUUUCUUGCCAGAAACUUAGUUCCAGGUGACAUUGUGAUAUUGAAAGUUGGUGAUCGUGUUCCUGCUGAUAUGAGGCUUUUUGAGGCCAUUGAUUUGACAGUAGAUGAAAGUAGCUUCACUGGUGAAACAGACCCUGCACAUAAGAAAACUCAAUCAGUGCCAUCAACUAAUAAUCAUUCUUCUAAGAUGAAUGCCGCAUUUAUGGGAACCUUGGUUCGGAAUGGCAAUGGGAAGGGCAUUGUGAUCAGCACAGGAGAGAAGUCAGAAUUUGGAGAAAUGUUCAAAAUGAUGCAGUCAGAGGAGUCUCCCAAGACUCCACUGCAGAAAAGCAUGGACACUCUGGGGAAGCAGCUGUCCUUCUAUUCCUUUGCAAUCAUUGGCUGCAUCAUGCUGAUAGGGUGGAUCCAAGGUCGUCCCAUUCUUGGGAUGUUGAACAUUGGUGUCAGUUUAGCUGUGGCAGCGAUUCCUGAGGGCUUGCCAAUAGUUGUUACAGUGACCCUUGCCCUUGGAGUCAUGCGCAUGGCAAAACGAAAGGCUAUUGUAAAAAAAUUGCCUACUGUUGAAACUCUGGGUUGUGUUAAUGUCAUUUGUUCAGACAAAACAGGAACUCUGACUCAGAAUGAGAUGACUGUGACUCACAUCUAUACAUCAGAAGCUUACUUAGCACAUGUCUCAGGAGUUGGGUACAGUGGGAAUGGGAAAAUUGAGCUCCAGGGCUCACCUGACCCUUCCUUGGCCCAGGCCAGCAUUAUCCGCAUGAUGGAAACAGGAGUUGUUUGUAAUAAUGCUAAUAUUGUACAAGGAAGUCUGCAAGGGCAACCAACUGAGGGUGCGAUUCUGGCUGCUGCUCUGAAGUUAGGGAAGGUAGCAUCAGCUCGUGACAACUAUAUCCGAUUGGAGGAGAAUCCUUUCUCCUCUGACCGAAAGAUGAUGACUGUGAAAUGUGCCAUGAAAGGAGAUCCGAAAGCAGCUCCUUUAUAUUUUGUCAAAGGAGCUUUGGAGUACUUAUUGACUCAUUGUAGCACAUACUCAUAUCAUGGAGAAAACCGGCCUCUAUCAGAGAGCAAGAAGAAGGAGAUCACAAAUGAGGCACAUGAAUUGGGAAGGAAGGGCCUGAGAGUCCUGGCCUUUGCCAGAGGAGCUACUUACAAUACACUUUCAUAUUUGGGAAUAAUGGGAAUAAUGGAUCCUCCUAGAGUUGGAGUUUUAGAGUCCAUUGCCACUUUGAAUGAGAGUGGUGUGCAUGUGAAAAUGUUGACUGGAGAUUCUGAAGAAACUGCUUUAGCAAUAUCAAAUCAGUUGGGCAUUCAUGCUCUCUACACAGAAGCUUUGUCAGGUGAGGCAUUAGAUAAUAUGGAUGAUGCUGAGUUUGAGAACGUAGUGGACCAUGUGAAUGUCUUCUUCCGAGCAUCACAUCGGCACAAACUUCGCAUUGUGAAAGCUUUGCAAAAGAAGCAUUACAUUGUUGGGAUGACUGGUGAUGGUGUCAAUGAUGGAGUGGCCUUGAAGAAAGCUGAUAUUGGCAUCGCAAUGGGGAGAACUGGCACCGAUGUGUCCAAAGAAGCAGCUGACAUGAUCCUUGUUGAUGAUGAUUUCUCAACCAUCCUCUCUGCCAUUGAAGAGGGCAAGGGAAUUUUCUACAACAUCAGAAACUUUGUGCGGUUCCAGCUGAGCACAUCCAUUGCUGCUCUGACACUCAUUGCUUUGUCCACUAUGCUUGGGAUCCCAAAUCCUUUGAAUGCUAUGCAGAUUCUCUGGAUUAACAUAAUCAUGGAUGGUCCUCCAGCUCAGAGUCUUGGAUUAGAACCAGUGGACCCAGAUGUUGUAAAGAAGCCACCAAGGAACGUCAAACAACCUAUGAUCACACGUUCACUUAUCAUCAAUGUUCUCCUCUCAGCUGCCAUCAUCGUCCUGGGAACAUUGUUUGUGUUCCAGCGAGAAAUGAGUGACAAUGUCAUCACUCCACGUGACACAACUAUGACCUUCACAUGUUUUGUGUUCUUUGACAUGUUCAAUGCUCUCAGUUGCCGAUCACAGACAAAGUCCAUCUUUCGGAUUGGUUUCCUCACAAACCGCCCAUUUCUCUUUGCUGUGGGUGGGUCUGUGAUAGGGCAGCUCCUGGUUAUCUACCUGCCCCUUCUGCAGAAUAUAUUUCAGACUGAAGCUCUCUUUGCCACAGACAUCCUAUUUCUCAUGUGUUGGACAUCAUCAGUGUUUGUUGCAAGUGAACUGAAAAAGUUCCUGGAGAGGCGGUUCCGUGGUGAUGUCUAUGAUGAGAGAGACGAUGUUGCUGUAUCCCUCUCUUUCUACAACAUUAUGGUCCAAGAAGACAUGGAGACAGAGGACGUUGAAAGCGAGCAGCGGAUUCUGGCCCAGCUGGAAUCCGAAUCGGGAGAAGCACUUGGAGCCCCUUUUGACCUUCCACUGCACCUUAGAGUUGAUAAGUUGUCUCUCAUCUGCAAUGCAUUUCUGCAAAAUGAAGAGCCAGUUCCAUUCUGUUUCUUUGUGGAGGGCCAAGAGAUCACCAGCUCUCUGGCUGACACCAAGGUGGAGCUGAACCCAGAGAAAGUGGUACACAUCGUCUAUCAGCCGCAGGCCGUUUUCCGCGUCCAACCUGUCACCAGAUGUACAAGCUCAUUACCUGGACAUGCUGAAGCAGUCAUAUCUGUGUGCUUCAGUCCAGACAGUCGUGGCUUGGCAAGCGGAUCGGGUGACACUACCGUCCGCUUCUGGGAUCUCUCCACCCAAACUCCCUUUUUCACAUGUCGAGGUCAUAGACAAUGGGUUCUGGCCUUGGCUUGGAGUCCUGAUGGAAGGAAGUUGGCAUCAGGAGACAAAGCAGGAGAAGUUUUCAUCUGGGACCCAUGGACAGGGAAGCAGAUUGGAAAGAGAAUGACUGGGCACAAGCAGUGGAUCACCUCCCUCGUCUGGGAGCCGCUUCAUAGAAACCCGGAAUGCCGUCGCGUGGCCAGCGCCGGGAAGGACGGAGACAUCCGGAUCUGGGAUGCUGUCCUAGGCCAAUGCAUCUUGGUUCUCAGCGGACACACGAAAGGCGUCACGUGCAUUCGAUGGGGAGGGAAGGGACUCCUUUACUCCGCGUCGCAAGACCGCUCCAUACGGGUGUGGAGAACGGAGGACGGGGUGCUGUGCCGCGUCCUGGAGACCCACGGUCAUUGGGUGAAUACGCUGGCCCUCAACGUCGAUUAUGUCCUGCGGUGCAGUGGCCAUGCCCUCAAGGAGAAGGAUUCAGAUUCCAGUUUAGCGAUAUCGAAGGAGGAGGUGGAAGAGGCCGAGAGGAAGUAUCAGGAGGUCCUGACUUCCAACUCGCACGAGAAGGAGGUCCUCGUCUCUGGGUCUGACGAUUUCACCCUCUGCCUCUGGACGCCUGAGAUCUCGCAGAAGCCGCUGGCACGAAUGACCGGUCAUCAGCAGCCGAUCAACGACGUGAAGUUUUCGCCCGACGCCCGAGUCAUCGCUUCCGCCUCCUUCGAUAAGUCCAUCAAGCUCUGGGACGCCAAGUCGGGAAAGUACCUGGGUUCCCUCCGGGGGCACGUGGGCCCCGUGUACACGAUCGCCUGGUCGAGCGACUCCCGCCUCCUGCUCUCGGGGAGCGGGGACUCCACGCUGAAGGUGUGGAGCGUGGGGAAGAGGGCGCUCGAGAGGGACCUGCCGGGGCACGCGGACGAGGUGUACGCGGUGGACUGGGCGCCGUCCACGACGAGGUCCGUCGCGGCGUCGGGGGGGAAGGACAAGCUCCUUCGCAUGUGA